CUCUAUCUACUUUACCUCACCCUCACUCUCUCCUUUCUGAAGAAGAAGAAGAAGAACUUACAGGGAGGAGAGGAAUACAGAAGGAGAUAAGAAGAAGAAGAAGAAAAUGCUAGACCUCUUGUGUUUAGUGCACUAUGCAUUAUGAAGAACCAAUGAUGCGCAACGGUUUACAUGCUCAUGUUUGUUACUGGAAAUGAAGGACAGACAGCGUUGGACAAGUGAAGAGGACGCCAUAUUACGUGCGUAUGUGAAGCAAUACGGUCCAAGAGAAUGGAACCUUGUUUCAGAGCGAAUGAAUGUAUCCAUCCAUAGAGAUGCUAAAUCCUGUUUAGAGAGGUGGAAGAACUACCUCAAGCCCGGAAUCAAGAAAGGAUCCCUCACUGAAGACGAGCAGUGCCUUGUGAUCCACCUUCAAGCCAAGCACGGAAACAAGUGGAAGAAAAUUGCAGCUGAGGUUCCAGGUCGAACCGCAAAGAGAUUAGCCAAGUGGUGGGAAGUGUUCAAGGAGAAGCAACAGAGGGAACAAAAGGAGAGCACCAGUUCCUUGGAACCAAUUGAAGAAGGAAAGUACGAUCGCAUACUCGAGACAUUUGCUCAAAAACUAGUGAAUCAACGCCAAACCCCGCAAUUUGUCAUGACUACUGCCCCAAAUGGAGCUUUUCUUCACUCAGGCCCUCCUACUCCUCCAACACCAACUUUACUCCCUCCUUGGUUAUCAACCUCCAAUGGUCUACCUACUAAUACAAGGCCACUGUCUCCAUCCGUGACGCUAACUCUGUCACCCUCAACGGUCGAUCCAGCUCCUACCAUCCCGUGGUUGCAUCCUGAAAGAGGCUUGAAUUGUACUUUGCCUCCUUCACAUGGUAGAGAUAAUCAAAUAGUUAACGAGCUUGUGGAGUACUGUAGAGAGCUGGAGGAAGGACACCGGGUUUGGGCAGAACACAAGAAGGAAGCAGAGUGGAGAGUUAGAAGAAUGGAACUUCAAUUGGAGUCGGAGAAGGUUAAUAAGAGAAGAGAGAAAAUGGAGGAUAUUGAAUCAAAAAUUAGAGCACUCAGAGAAGAAGAGAAGGUGAUAUUAGAGAGAAUCGAUUACGAGUACAAAGAACAGUUAACAGGUUUGAAAAGAGAUGCUGAAUCCAAGGAACAGAAGCUAGCAGAGCAAUGGUUUGCAAAACAUAUGCGUCUCACUAAGUUUCUUGAGCAAAGGAGCUGUGUUUCCAGUCCCAAUGAUCCCAAUUUUUAGUAACGAAUCCACGUAAAAUCAUUAAAAGGUUUCUCAAUUGAAAUCCUUUCAUCUCAUUUGAGAUUUUCCUGUUGUUUGGCUGUACUGUUUGCAUUCCCCUCUUGAUGUUGCUACACAAUUUAAGGAUCCAUCCGAGUACCCUUUUUUGUGAGCUCCAAAAAAUCAAUGGAAUGAAGCUUGACGC